CAGGAGAAGACAGCAGAUCAGACCCAGUGCAGAGGAGCUACAGGUCAGAAACUAAAGAUGGAUUUAAGUUUCCUUCAAAUUCUGGAGAAAGAAAGAGUUCUGGAGGUUCUCUGGAGAGACAAACACCUGAGAACGAUAGAAGAGGACAGGAUCAGGAGGAUGAAGGGCGAGCUGCAGGAGCUACGGAGGAAAGGUGCAAAGAGUUACGCCCGGCAAUACGGGGAGCGGACCUGCGCCCGCUGCCAGAGGCCCCUGGGCAAGCUCUGGAACACAGGAGCAGUGUGCAGAGGCUGCAGCCACCGCAUCUGCAGCAGGUGUCGGGUGGGAGCAGCAAACUGGAAGUGCACGGUGUGCCAUGCAUACAGGGAGGUGAAGAUCAGAUCAGGAGACUGGUUUUUGGAGGAAAAGGCAAAGAAAUUUCCUGUCACUAUAGACAAAUCUGAAACAACUGGAGAGAAACUAUUGAAAAUCUACAGUGUGCAGAGACAUAUUUCUGUUGUACCACCAACUCCUCCUCCCCACUUGGAUCCUCAGUUCAAAGAGAAAUCUAGGCUGAAGAACUCAAAGUCUUUCACCCUGUCCAUGGAGGAUCUGAAGGUUUGCAUGAGGAGUCACAUUAAAAAGAUAUCAGAUUCUCAAAAUGACAUCAGAGGAGACCUGCUGACGGUCAUCGGACACCAAUCAAGAUCACAUUUUAGCUACAGCACCCAAAAGAGCCGGUCUGAUACAGACCUCAGCAAGUCCUCACUUUCUAAAGGCAACAGUCUUCCAAACCUGUUUAAGAAAAACAAAGACAGCGACCAGGAGGGCUCGUCUACCGGAGAGGAAACGUCGUUCAGCUCCGAGCACUCGACUGUAAAAAGAGGCAGCGUCAGCAGCAUUAGCACCGACUGCAGCAUCUGCAGCAUCUGCGUGGCCGGAGAGCUGGAGCUCGCUGUGGCCUACAACACCAGUAGCUCCUGCCUGGAGGUCACGGUUGGAGCCUGCAGAAAUCUUGCUCAUGGAAACGGCAAAAAGAAAAAGUGUAACCCUUACGUUAAACUCCACGUGCUGCCGGACAAGAACAUCAAACUGAAGACAUCUCUGAAGAGAAACAUGACGGAUCCAGUUUAUAACGAAGUGUUAAAGUUCAACAUAGAGCGCCACCUGCUGUUUGGAAAGAGACUGCAGGUCUCUGUGUGGCAUUCAGGGACCCUGAAAAGAAAAGUGUUUCUUGGAGAGAUUCUCAUCCCACUUGAUGGCUGGAGGUCGGAGGACAAGGCUCUAGAAAGCUUAUACUGGUACCCGCUGUGUUCAAUGGCUGAAAAAUCCAAUUUGGGCACAGUGGAGCAUAAUGGAAGUUCAGUUUUCACCCAUCAUGGUGUCUGAUUUUGGAAGGAGGCGAAGAGCUCGUCCAGUUCUGAAAGUGAAGGAAGCGACUCUGAUCAUGGCAUCAGAGCAGCAGCUGGGAGAGGUUUCCAUGGCAACCGCAGACAUGCUAUUUUAACUUUCUUGUGCAACACUUUACUUUAAACCAAUUUAUCGAGCAUUUUAUUUACUAUUAGCUGACAUUUCCUAUUUCACAUCUCAUCUGCAAAACAUUUGUUAACCUCACUGAAAACGUAGAAACAAGUCUAUCAGUAAGAUGUUUAUUAUAAUAAUAGAUUUAAUUAGUUUAAUUUUACACCCCAAAACCCAAAAUCUUGGCAUGAACUCAUGACAGUUAACUUUAGUUCAUCGGCAAACCACUGCUGACAGAAUUAAAAAUGUUUAAUUACAUUUAAGGUCAUUUAAUUUUGACAACUUUUACUAAACAUACCCACUCGUUGCUCAAAGGGGAAAAAAAGACAGUUUCUAAAUGAUGGGUUUACAAUUAAGCAAGAGGGGAAUAUCUUUAAUCCAAGCAAAACUGCAAAAUAAUAGAUUUUGUGAUAUUUAAGUUGAACAAAAUGUAUAUUUUAUGGUUUAAAGCUUGAAAUGAAUUAAUAAAUACAUUUUAUUCAGCAGAUCCUCCACCAGAGAGCAGCAGAUAUUAGUUAGGACUAGAGGUGGGAGGAUUUAAUCCUAAUCCUCAAUCUGGAGGUUUUAAAGCCAGAAAUCUACCGGGGAUCAAACUAAUUCUGAAAUCUAAAACCUUCCAGCUCCAAUCAUCUACAUAAAUACUAAAUAUGAGCACGAGCCAAGCAGCGGCUACAGAAAUAGAUGCUGACUAUGAAAACCUGCUGCAUUUGACUUUCAAAGCUAAAUGUUUCUACUUCUGAAUGCUUCAAGGAUUAAGUGAAAGUACACGACCUUAAAUGGUAAAUGGCCUGUGUUUGAUACAGUCCUGGAACCCCCCCAAGGCACUUUGCAACUACAUCAGUCAUUCACCCAUUCACACACACACAUUCACACCCAGUCACAUUGGUAUUAUAACAGUGUUUAUUGUUGAAGUGAGAUGUUGCUGUGGGACGUGGACAUCACUCUUCUGGUAUUUCUGUUCCCAUGAUGCAUCUGGAGGACCCUCGACUGGCAUCUAUUUAUUGUUCUUAUUUAACUUCAGACUUUGCACUUUAUUUCCUGUAGAAAGUAUUUAUUUUAUCUUUAUCAAAUAUUUAUUUCUAACUGAGAAGUUAAGUGGGACACGGUGAAUGUGUGUCUUCUAGUUGUGUCUUAUUUUACAAACGGUGGUUUUGUGAUUCUUGAAUAAAAUGAUGAAAUUUUACGUCUUUGUGUCAGACAGAAGUUUGUCGGUGCACCAGCAAUCAUACAAAAUCAAUCUUGGCAAUAUAGGAAACUAAGUGUAUAGCGACUAUUUAAUGCGAGCAAUCUUGUCUGUUUAUUUUACUAUUAAAACAUCCUGAAGGUGUCAGGAAAUUAAUAUGAAAGGAAUGUAUGAUUUGGAUUAAACAGCUCCAGCAUUAAGAGUCAGGGCUGGAGCUAAAAGACUAUUGGUAUCCAUUUUAAUAUCUGAAGUUCAAAUUAGUGACAAAAUCAGUGUGGAGGUUAGAUUUUAGGUAAAUCAUUGACAACAUUAAAUGCUACAAGAAACAAACUAUUAUUCACUGAUUGUGUAGCUCAGUGUGUUACAUGCUGGCUUAGAGUGCUCAAAGCUCAGGGUUCAAUCCCAAGAAAGACAUUUGAAUCUGUUGCAUUUGUAAACGGUGUCUGAUGUUUUUCAGCUCAAAACCUAAAAAUGACAAGUUUAAAUGUUCCACCACAGCAAACAUGAGUGUG